AUGCCCCCUAAAGCUGGAAAAUCGAAGGAAGCGCCGGCCGAGAGGCCAAUCCUCGGACGCUUCUCGUCUCAUCUCAAAAUUGGAAUCGUUGGAUUGCCGAAUGUUGGGAAGUCGACCCUUUUCAACACGCUCACCAAACUGUCUAUUCCAGCUGAGAACUUCCCAUUCUGCACCAUUGAGCCUAAUGAGGCUCGCGUGAAUGUUCCAGAUGAGCGAUUUGAAUGGCUUUGUCAGCUAUACAAGCCGAAGAGCGAGGUGUCGGCCUUUUUGGAAAUCCACGACAUCGCUGGGCUUGUUCGUGGUGCACAUGAAGGUCAAGGACUGGGAAACAAUUUCCUAUCUCAUAUCCGUGCUGUUGAUGGGAUCUUUCAUGUUUUACGUGCAUUUGAAGAUCCUGAUAUUAUUCAUGUCGAUGAUUCGGUAGACCCUGUGAGGGAUCUGGAGGUUAUAUCUGCAGAAUUGCGACUCAAGGAUAUCGAGUUCAUGGAGAGGAGGAUUGAAGAUCUCGAGAAGAGCAUGAAGAGGAGCAAUGACAAGCAACUUAAAAUCGAGCAUGAGUUAUGCCAAAGGGUUAAAGCAUCUUUGGACGAGGGAAAAGAUGUCCGUCUCGUGGACUGGAAGGCUGCUGAUGUUGAGGUCUUAAAUACUUUUCAGCUGCUCACCGCAAAGCCUGUUGUAUACUUGGUCAACAUGAAUGAGAGAGAUUAUCAAAGAAAAAAGAACAAGUUUCUUCCAAAGAUCCAUGCUUGGGUGCAAGAGCAUGGUGGUGAGAUUAUAAUUCCUUUCAGCUGUGCUUUGGAGAGGAAUCUCACGGAUAUGUCAUCAGAUGAAGCUGCUAAAUAUUGUGACGAGAAUAAGGUUCAAAGUGCCCUUUCAAAGAUAAUAAAGACUGGAUUCUCAGCCAUCAAUCUCAUAUACUUUUUCACUGCUGGACCAGAUGAGGUGAAGUGCUGGCAAAUUCGUCGACAGACGAAAGCUCCACAGGCUGCUGGAACAAUUCAUACUGAUUUUGAAAAAGGUUUCAUAUGUGCUGAGGUUAUGAAGUUUGAAGAUUUGAAGGAACUUGGAAGUGAGUCGGCUGUGAAGGCUUCUGGGAAAUACCGGCAGGAAGGGAAGACGUACAUUGUGCAAGACGGGGAUAUUAUUUUCUUCAAAUUUAACGUUUCGGGCGGUGGGAAGAAGUAG